CAACGACCACAAAAGCGUCCCCUCUCCAAAAGGAAGAACAAAGUGGGGGUGCCUAUUUGAACAAAGAUGUUUAUUUCGAGGCCCCCCCUCCUCUGCUUAACCCUCACCAGGAGACAAUUUACUCCCCGGAUAACCCAGCGCUUCAAGCGCUCCUUAGCUGCCUUAAGACCGGACCUCCAACCUUCAGCGCGUCGAAGAAACCUCCAGGAUAGCGAUGUGCCCCUCUACCCGCAUAUCUACAACCAGGGCAUGAACGUAAAGAGCGUAGUCGAGAUAUGUAGGGAGUAUGAGCACAUCGUUGCGGGAUGCGGCGGUGGCGAUGAGAGUGUUUCUAUUGAUAAAUUGGUUACCAUAAGAGGCAGGAUCAAGAAUUACCGGGAAGUGAGCUCGAAAUUGAUCUUUUACGAUCUCGUCCAGGAUGGGGAGAAGAUUCAGGUUGUGGUUAACUGCGCGAGGGUGGGCGGGGAGAAGGGGGAAUUCAGGAGGAUCUCGAUGCUGACGAGGAUUGGGGAUGUCGUUAGUGUGACGGGCUAUCCAGGCCGUACCAAGGCCGGGGAGCUCACUAUCUUUGCAACAGCGCAUCUACAGAUUCUAGCUCCCUCCCUCCACGUCCCGCCACAAACAAUUCUGGAUCUGGAAACACGCCUCCGGAAUCGGCAUGUGGACCUAAUGGUCCGGCCUGUGGCCGGACAAAUUCUCAGACUUCGCUCCCACAUCAUCCAGCACAUCCGCGACUUCUUCAUCUCACGAGACUUCGUAGAAGUCCAGACGCCAAUACUGUCGGAUACUUUCGGCGGCGCGGUAGCAAAGCCCUUCCUAACAGAGGCCACGAGUGUCUGCCGUGGGAAGCAACUGGCCUUGCGUAUUGCGCCAGAGCUAUGGCUGAAGCGCCUCGUCAUUGGCGGCCUAGACCGUGUCUUUGAAAUAGGCACGCAAUUCCGCAACGAGGGAGUCGACAACACGCACAAUCCCGAGUUCACCACGUGCGAGUUCUACCAAGCGUACGCGGGACUGGAAGAUAUCAUCAAUACGACGGAGGAGCUACUCUCGGGCAUGGCACGGAAGGUCUCGGAGUUGAAAGCGAGAAAGCUAAAAGACAUCCCAGAGAUAGAAACAGACUUCACGGCACCCUUCCAAAGACUCGAGUUCAUCCCGGCGCUGGAAGCAUCCAUGGGACACAAAUUGCCCGUCCUGCAUGGGAACACCGAAGCAGUGACGCUGGAACUGCUCUCCCUCUUCAAGACACUCUCCCUCCCCACACCCCCAAUGACAACAAUCCCGCGCCUCCUCCAGAAACUCUCCUCGGAAUACCUGGAGCCGCAAUGCAUGAAGCCAACGUUCAUAACAAACCACCCCGAAACCCUCUCGCCGCUAUCGAAAACCAGCCUAUUGCACGGCCAGCGCGUGUCCUCGCGCGUGGAGCUGUUCGUGGACGGGAAGGAGCUGGUAAAUGCCUACGAAGAGGAGAACUCUCCGACGGAGCAGAGGCGCAAGUUCGUCAUGCAGGCCGGGUGGAAGGACGAGGAUGUUAUUGAGCGCGGGGAGGACGGGGAGGGGGUGGUCGAUGAGGCCUAUUGCCAGGCACUCGAGUGGGGCUUGCCCCCGACUGGUGGGUGGGGGAUCGGUAUUGAUCGAUUGGUUAUGGUCUUCGCAGGGGCCGAGAGGAUUGCUGAUGUGUUGGCGUUCGGGGGCUUGAGGGGGGCGGUCAAUCUAGGCGAUGGGGUGCGGGGUACGAAGGAGGAGGGAGAGUAAAGUGGAGUUCGCGUCAUGUGUUAUCACUCGCUAUGUUUUUCCGCUUCGAGUGGGGCAAUGGGCUUAGAAAACCUGUAUCUAUCCAUGCGCCGUACUUUGCGGCGAUGUAUAACAUAAUUAAGCAUCUCCAAGUUUAGGCCUGUCUUCGUCAAAGUGAGGGUGUUAUGGAAAGUCAUGGACGCCUAAGAAAAA